AUUAUCGUUUUCGUGUCUUACUGUCUUGUCGUUCAUUUGUCGCGGCAGUAAUUAUUGAUAUCAAUCGGUCGCAUUGUUUUCACCAAGUAAUUACGCACCAGAUAAGCCAUAAGGUAUUUUAAAGUGGCUCAGCUUAUUGUUUAGUGUUAUUUCGUCGGAGUUUUUUUUUUGUGUUCCACAGUAUCAUUGUUGUUGUCAUUAGUCAAUAGUAAUUACGAAGAGCUCAAGCCAUCUAAUUCCUCAGAUUUCAGAACGUACAUCGCUGAAAUAUUUGUAUUCACGCGCUGUGUUUUAGCGUACAAAAUUCUGAUUUAUAAACGUGCUAGUUUCGCGAUGCAUUUAAAAAACUAUGGAAUGCUCUUCUAAUAAAGUCGACACGAUGGUUGCGAGUUUACAGUCCAGACGCAAAGCAUUAGAAUCUAAAAUCACCGAAAAGAAUCGUGAAUUAAAACGAUUAUGCAUACAAGAAGCAGAAUUGACGGGCAGCUUACCUCCGGAGAUCCCAUUAGAUCCCGGCGAAACACCACCUACAUUCCGUCGACGUGUUGGAACAUCAUUUACUUAUCCUGAAAAUUUAAUAAAUAAACUGAAAUUUAAAGACGAUGAAACUUUGGCUUCACUGGAACUAGAGUAUAAAAUCCAAAAAGGAAUUGCCGAAGCUGCUUUAGGACUUGCUAAUGAUGAGACUGCCAAUAAAUCUGUGCGACGUAAACAUAGAAUGAUGUAUCAACAAAGUCAAAAUAGAAUUAUUGAACUCGAGACAAGAAUAAAUUUAUGCAAUAAUCAAAAAGUAAAAAAAAAGCCUCGCCCUGAGAGCAGUUACACAACAGAUUUUGUGAAUAAUCAUAGUGUAACUGAUGGUAAUUUUGUUGUACCUAAAGAACCAAAUGUACAAUCUUUGAACCCAAAAGUUUUAUCUCAUAAAAGUAAUUUAAGGCAGUCACAAUCAUACAACAAAUUCCCUGGUCAAAGAAAUUCUCAUGACCCAAGAAUUGGAAAUGGGCUGCAUAAUGCAUGGAAUACUCAUGAACACAUAUCUAGUUCUAAUAUGCAACCAAUGCUACUUCCAAGAUCAACAAUAAGUUUAGAUAAAGAUCAUGUAACUUAUCCUAAAGAUAAUGGUGUAUUUUUUAAUAAUAAUUCAAAUUCCACAAAUUUGCCAUCCAGUCAUGAAUUGUCCAGUAAGAUUAUUGAUCAAGAUUCCACAUCUAAGUAUAGAGACAGAUUUGGAAGUUUAGAUAGGCGACACACUACUAGGAGUUCUAGUUCUCGGAGUAAUAGUAGUGUUGAUCAUGAACCUCCAGCUGUACCUGUUGUGCCACGACAUACAAAUUCACAGCAUCCCACAACUACUAUUUUAUUACCAAAUCAAAUGUACCCAGAAAAUAGUUUGAUGAGAACUCACUCUCUGGGUAAUAUUAAAAAUGAAAAUCAGCAACAAACAGAAAAAGGAUUUACAGAUUUAAAUCAGAUAUCAUUGUCUGAAAGUAGAAAAAAUUCCGAAAAAAAAUGGAUUGAAACAUCAUUAGAUAGUAGUAGUGUUGAGUCCGGGCCAACACUUACCCAUGAUUUACCGCCUCCUAUCAAAAUGCAUACACCUCCAAUACAACCUGAUAAUCACCCACUUCCGUACGACCCACUAGUCAAUCAUUUUGACACUGUUCCAUUUGAAUCACCAAAAAAUCAUACAGUUGUUCAGGUUGGAAAGUGGCAACCGUAUCGUGAAGUAACUAAGCCUUUUGAAAUGUCUGAUUUUUAUAAGUACAGUACGAGAUUUAGGAAACCAUCUGCAAAUUCUAAUAGUGCAUCCCCAGAAAUAGUUCUAACAACAACUAACCCAUCUCCAACACCAUCCUUGCCACCACAACCAGCAUUACAAAAUAAAGGAAUUUAUCAACCUUUACAACCUCAUAAUUGUCAUCCACUGGUACCUCAAAACAUUUCAUUAAUGGAAGAAACAGUUUGUCCCAUUGAUUCGUUUGAACCCAAUAAUGAAUUAUGUUUAGAUGAAAGUGUAUUUGCUAAUGAAAUGUUAUCUUGGUAUCAAGAUGAAGCUACACCCCAAUCUAGAACUGCCACAUUGGUGUGAUUUUAAAUAAUUAAUAACUAAAACCUAUCAUGGUAUAUUUUCGUAUUAUGAAUUUAUGAUAGGCAGCUAGAAAACGACCAAUAUAAUAUUAUAUAUUAUUAUCAUCUUCUUAUGUUUUAGAUCAUUUUAAUACAACAUAAUUUAUCUAUAUGGAUAUACUUUAAUGUAAAUGACAACAAAAUGACAACAUUUUAAUAUGAAUAUCUAUUUACAAUGUAUAAAAUAGUUUUAGUUUUAACACUUAAUAUAUGACUUAUCAUUUUUAUCAUAUUAAUAAUUUAUUUAUUUAUUAUUUCAGUAACAUUAAACUGAAAAAUACCUAUUGGGUUUUUUUAAUAAUUGUAAUUUUACUUCUGUUCAAAAAUAUUUUAGAUAAAUAUGAAAAUUAACUUUACAUGUGCGUAUACAUUUAUGGAAGUAAUGAAUAAUUACAAUUUUUUUAAUUUAUUAUUGUAUACAAUUCAAUUAAUUUACCUAAAUAUAAUUUAUUAAGACAUCACAUUUUUAAUAUUUUAAUAAUAUUUCUGUUUUUUGAUUAUUAUAAAUAUUUUAUUUUAGUAUGCGUAACAAACAAAAAUUGUAGUUUUUUAAUACAUAUAACAAAAUGCACUAGAUACAUAAAUAUAUCGUUUUGUAUUUAAAUACACUUUGAAUGCAAAUAAUGUAUUAAUACAAAUAUGCAAGAAUAUGUAGUAUAAGAUAAGACUGAAUGUUAUGUGCAAUUAGUCUUAAGAUUUUAAAAUGUAUAUAUACUUUUUUUUUACUUAUAUAGAUGAUUUUUUAUUUUAUUAUACUAUUAUUAUCGAGUAAUAAUGUAUACAAAAAAGGUUAUCUAUUUUUUUAUCAUUAUUGUCUUAUUUAUUUUAUUUUUAUAACAACAAAAUAUAUAUUUUUUUUAAGAACUUGUAUUCUAAUAAUUUUAUUGUAUUUUCAGUUUGUAUUUGUAAUAAAAAUAAUAUUAUAGACAUUUAUGCGCUCAAUGUUUAAUUUUAGUAGAAAUGUAUGGCUAUGUUUUUUUUUAAAUGCUAAGUAAAAUGUAUAUGAGGAUUUACUUUAUAGUCUAUAUUUAACAAGAUAUGCAAUUUUUUAAUUAUAUACAUAAUACAUAAUAAAUGCACAUAGGUAUCAACAUUUAUCAAAUAAUAUAAAUUCAUGUUUAUAUUUUACUUAUAAUAGCUAUUAUUAAUAUUUAUUUAAGUGUACUCUCCAUAUCCUAAAUUUUAUGAAAAAAAAAUAUUUUCCCAAUAAUAAUUAAUGCAUUUUUGUAAAAUAUUUGACAUAACAUUAAUUGUUUAUCUAAAAUUAAAUAUACAUGGUAAACAAUAAUAUUACUGUACUUGUGCCGGCGAGAGAACGCUUCUCUUCUCGUUAGUGCAUCGGAAUGACGGAGCUCUGCGGUUUCGUACCCAAAUUUCUCCCACUCUACCACCUAGUUGCCGCCGUAAAUUCCCCCACUCACUGCGCGCGACCAGCGGCUAAUGUCAGCGACAGCCAGCCUUUGGGUAGGUUUAGUGGUGGGAAUGCGCGAGAUCGGACGAAUUUUGGUCACCGCCCAGAAGCGUUCUCUCAUUAGCACGAGUAUAAUAAGUAGUAACAUUACGCAUUAAUUAAUUUAAUCAGACACCUAAUCUAAUUUUAUAUAAUAAAUUAUUUGGCCUUUGCCAUAUUACGUUACUGCUAAUAAAUAAACAAAUACAUACAUAGUUAAUUUAAUUUGGACACUAUCUAGUUUGUUGUACAAUGCAUUAGAAACUACAUAUUUCUUUAACUUUUGUGAUUAACGUUUCGAGUAAUAAUUGACAAGGUUUUAAUGACUAUAUUAAUUAGACAAAUUUUAAAUUCAGUUAGCUACAAAGUACAAUUGAUUGCAUAUUUAUUCCAAACCGAAAAGUACUUGGAUUUUUUGUCUGUAAAACAAUAUUAUUAUAUGUUUAAUUUUCACAUUACAUUUUUUUACUCCUGCAUUAUCAUUUAAGCAGCGUUUAAUUUAGGGGCUUUAGUUUGUCAUUUGUAAAGAUUAAUUUCAUUAUUAUAAAAAUGUAUACAUUUGUUUCGUAUAAAAAUCCUAAGAGCCAGGUAACUACCAUCAACAUGUUGUUUUUUUUUCUAGGAUUAAAAUAAAACUUUCUAGUACUAAUUACUUUUUGAAUAUGUUAUAGAAAAAAAACUUAUUAGUUAUUACAUUUUUAAGUAUAUAAUAUUACAGAAUUGUUAUUUUAUAUUAUAUUUUGAUUAAUUAAUAAUUAUAUUAUAAGAAAUGUAAUGUAAAUUUAUUAUACAAAAUUAAUAUUGUAGUGAGCAUAAUAGAAUA